AUGGAGGUGAGCCGGAAGAAGGUGAUUGUGCUGUGUGGUGGCAGCAAUGGCAACCAUGCGCUCGUGGCUGAUCUUGGCCGUCGCGAAGACUACACGGUUCGCCUGAUUACUCGACGACCAGAGAAAUGGAAGGGCACGGUGUAUGCUCGGGAACAGAAGUUCCUCACAGACUCCUACCCAAUGUACCCAAGCCCCACAUGGUGGAUCACAUACUCAGGCGCUGCGGAUGAGGUGUAUGGGUGGGAGGAUGCGGCCAAGGCAUUGGAUGGCGCCCACAUGGCCCUGAUGGUCUGCCCCGUGUCCGCGCACGAGGACAUGCUGCGCAUGCUCUUUGCCAGCCUGCCCGACCACCCCAUCAUCAUCGGCACGUCGUACGGCCAGGGCGGCUUCGACUGGCUCGCCCGCAAGCUGCUCAAGGGCAACUCGCGCGCCAGCCUCGUCACCCUCUUUGCUAUGAAGCACUACCCGCUGCUGUGCAAGGCGUGGGACUACGGCAAGAAAAUCAACAUGUUUGGCCGCUACCCGGAUCUACGCUGCGCGGUCUCGCCACACACCACGCGCAACUGCGACGCCGUCAAGUUCUUUCUCGACGACAUCUUCCAGAAGGAUGUCAAGAUUGUCACGGAUUUUAUCGUGCCCACCCUCGGCGCCACAAACCAGAUCCUGCACCCGUCCAUCUGCGCCACGCUGUUCAAGGGCUUUCGCGAGGGCGAAAUGGUCUAUGACAGACACAAGCUGUUCUACAUGGAGAUUGACGACGAGGCUGCCGGUUACAUGUUUGAUCUGUUUAUCACGGAGAUCCCGACCAUCGUGUGGGCGCUGGACGCGGCACUCAAGCGCAACGGCUCCCUGCGCUACCAAGUCACCUACGAAUGGAUCUCAUCGCUCGUUGGGCGGCUGCCAACGUUUGCGCAGCCCAAGGCAGUGCUGUCGCGGGCGCUCGGAUGGGGCCUGCGGUCAAACCAGCGGCUGACGAAGGUCAAGGCGCCCAUGAUCCCGGGCAAGACGAAGGAUGGCAAGCUGGGCAUGGUGCCAAACAUCCGCUCCCGGUUCUGGCUCGACGACAUCCCGCACGGCCUGUGCGUGCUGUUUGGCAUUGCUGAGCUGCUUGGGCUGGAGGUGCCAACCAUCCUCCACCUCAUCCGCAGGAACCAGGAGAUGAUCGAAAAGGAAUACGUCACCGAGCUCCCAGACGCAAAGGGGAGCCUGCUGUGUGGACGGGAUGCACACGAGACCUCUGCUCCACAGGCCUAUGGCAUUUACACGCUUGACGAGUUUGUCGAGUGGAUGCAGUGGGACCGCACCAGCGAGCCCCCAGCGAUUGCACGCCUCUCCCCAUCCACAGUGCCACCACCAGACUCCGUGGAGACCAAGUCCAAGCUUUGA